ACUGAAAACUUUAUUUAAACAGUUAAUUUGAACAGAGUUAACGUUCUGUCUUGUCAUCUGUUCUGUCGACAGAAGAAAACUUUACUGAAACUUUGUCAGGAAAAACGUUUCAGUGAUUAAUUGUUGGAUUUUGCUGUUGGAUUUUGGAGCCACACAGAAACUGUCUGUGUGUAGUUUCCUGUGACGGCCACUUGGCGGUGCUGCAGACUGGUAUUUUAAUGAAUGAAGCCACUAAUUAAUGCAUUCAUGUGUGUGUGUGUCCUUUGUGUUGUAAAUGUGAUUAGACACUCUGUGGGUUUGUGUUGUUGUUGACCUACUUCUGAUGAAAGCAGACCAAAGGCCGGCUACUUUAACGUGGACUGGGUGAGACCAGAUUGCUUUAUAUCCCGUCAGUGCUCAAAUUCUGUUGUUGAUGUAGUUUUUAAUUAAGUUUUAGUCUCAUUCUCUCUGUGAGGUCCAGUUUUAGUCUUCCAUACUGCCAGAAGAAAGAAAUAAUAUCUGCAAGAAUAAAUCAUUUACAUUGAGUAAAUCGCUCAGUUCACUUUAAUAAAUCAUUUGCCCUUUUAAAAUGGAUGUUUUGGGUGUUUGUUAAAGCUUGUGAUGCCACAGUUCAAGGUUACUUUAUUUGUACUCAAAAGUAGAUUUGGUUUGCAGACCAGACUCUUAUUUACCCUCACCGAGAGGAAGACCUUUUCAGCAUCCUUCUGGUCUGUCAAAGUGCUGAUUGUCUCCAAGUUUGUGAAUUUCAUGACUAAAAUCAAAAAUAUCAAAGUGAGUAUAGAAACGAUUAAGGGAUUAAUUAGCGAACUCCACAUCUGAAUUCAAGCCAUCCAGAGCGACGUGGCUGCUGUUCUUUGGGUUCUGGAGCUCUGCUAUCAUUUUCAUGCUAGACCCUGCCAAGCUUAAUCAAGAUUGUUUGCAGCCAUUUUGCCCUCUAAUUCGGAUUUAUAGUUUUGUUUUUGAAAGUGCUAUCUUCAGUUACUCCCUCUUUAAGAACGUGUUUCUUUCUCUGUAUGCUGGACUUCAAUGGCUUGUUGUUAGGGUACAUUUGAACUCACUUACAAAGAAUGAUCAUGUCCUGACAAAAGGCAGCAUGUGAGCAUGUUACAUCAACACGUUUAUCCAAAUCAUCGCCACAAGAUAGUUUAAACAUUUCAGUGCAUUCAUAACAUUCCUGCAAGCAGAGCACAGAUUUUUCUGUCCAUACUUCUAUGUCCUUUGUCUGUGCUUUCUCUCUCUUUUAAACUGUAUUAUAUCUGAGCAGAAAAUGUACUUUGUGUCACUGUAUUUAUUUCUAUUUUAUGGUGUUUUCUGUCUGUCUGUCUGUCUGUCUGUCUGUGUAUUAUGUUGGUUACCUUAUAUCUGACAAUUGUGAUACACUUUAAAUCAUCAAUCAAUAAAGUAUUUCUGAUUUGUGUCGAUUUGUGACGUCUCUGAUCUUGAAGGUGUCCAAAAAUAAAGUUAGUUACUAAGGAAACGGUCACACGUGCAAAUUCAGAUGAGCUGAAAAAAGUUCACCAAAGUUUAAUUUUGGCUCUGCAACUGAAAAUGAAUGUUAUUAGGCUCGUUGGAGAAUUGAUCACUGCUGAUUGCCACACAGUGCAUGCUGGGUAGAUUUGAGACAUGCGGGCAACGAUAACCUCACAAGAUCAAGGCGGACGCAGUUUAUAGAACCAGGCGCCACAUUUUCUCUCCACCGACUGCAAAACCCAGAGCAUAAUGGGAAACUGUAGCUGCUGAUGGUUUAAUCUGUUACGGACAGAUCUUGUGUAUUUAGUAAUAAUAAUAAAGUUUGUUUAUAGAUCUGAACAUGGUCUUAACCAUACAGACAACCUACAGAUACUCUAAUAGGAUCACACAUUUCUUUUAAGGAAACUGUUUCCUGUUGUCUGAUCUUGUCCACUUCAGUUCAUCUCUAACCAACCUAAUGUGUGAAUGUACUCUCUCUGUCCAAGUUUAGCCCCUCCCACUGAUGAUCAUAGCCCCACCCACAGCUGCAAUAUGGCUGACAAAAAACUCUCAGGUUUACCUCCUCCACCCCUGUCUUCACCCUCUCACCAGAAUGGGAGCAUCGGGGGGGCAGCAUCCAAACACUCUCCAGCCCCGCACCAUAAUGGCAGUGUGGAGGCCGGACUGGGACGCAGUCCCAGUAACACCAGUGCUCCCAGCAGCAGGACCCCAGCCUCCUCCUCACCCCUCAGGACCCUCAGGACUCUUGGAGGUCUAGUGACUCCUGCACCAGCUGAAGGCAGCUCCUCCAGGCCCCGGGGUCAGAGCCUCAGCUCUGCUCUGAGCUCCAGGACCAGAACCAUGACUUCGAUGAGCAAGCGUAGGAGCAGCCAGCAGGAGGAGCCAGAGGCAUUGUUGGACCUGAUCCUGGAGUGUCAGGGUCAGAGACUGGACGACCAGAGAGCCAGCCAAAGCCUGCUGCCUGACCCAGGACCACCUACUCUUUGUGGGGCCUGCAGCCCUGACCAGCCCACCCUGCCUAGUCUAGACUUCUACUAUAUGCUGAUAGACUACCAGUCUGACAGGAUGGAGGACCAGAGGUGUUCCCUUCCUGAUCUGGUUCCUGAGGGUCAGGAGGAUUUCUUCAGUCUGGUUCAGAGAGUCCAGUCCAGGAGGAUGGACGAGCAGAGAGCCUCACUGCUGCUGACACACACUGAGGACGACAUUAACACACACACCACUGGCUCCUCCCCCCACCACCAUCAUCAUCAUCAUCAUCACCACUGAUGAAGAGGGUUCUUAGGAGCCCUACUGGGUUAGGGUUUUAUUGGAACAUUUUGGACUAAAACCAGAAUCCAGACUAUGUUGUUAUGGAAACUGAAGACCAGAGACCAGAUGGAUGUCUUCCUAUUGUUCUCCAGGAGGUCCUAGGUUCCACCAGUUCUGUGGAUCAGUGACUAUAUUGAUUCACAUCCUGCUGCCAAUCUCACUUUAUUCUCGUCAUCAUUAUCAGGUGAACAUCCUCUGUUGUAACACCUGACAGUCUGUUCCUGUUCAAUAUAUCAAUGAUCUAAUAUCAAUACCUUAACCUCCUCCCAUAAUAGUCUUUGAUGAGUUUAGAAAGACGUUUUUAUCAUCAUUAACUAAUUUGUGCAACUGAAAGUAGUUAGUGAACUUUGGUGGAAGUGUUCUAUUUCUUGAAGCACAAAUCUGAUCACUUUUUUAAAGAGUUUGGCUGAAAAGUUAGUUUUUCUUAUCAUACUAUAAGAAUCAUACUAUAUCUUAGGGCACGCUAAGGGACUUUACUGUUGUUAAAAUGGUAUAAAAUAAGCAGUAAAAAGAGAGAUUUUCAUUAUUUUCAGUAAUCACACACAAGGGGCUCCUAGCUAUAUAUUCCAUAUAAAUUUAAGAAAUAAAGAGAAAGAACAAUCAAAUAUUGGAUAUCUAUGAACUCAUAAGAUAUCGGCGCUAUACAAAUAAAAUUGAAUUGAAUUGAAUAAGUUGAUUGGUACGGAAAAAAAAAAUAUAUAUUUUUAGGGACCGAGCCAGCAACCGCUGGAGGACCCUUUUGUUUUUGUUGUUUCUUCUUCUUACCUAUUAUUAUUUUUAGCCCCCUUUGACUGCAUUUUUGCCCCCCUGAACAUAUACGAAAACUCAAUUUUAUUAUUUAGUUGUCAGGCCUGGUGAAAAUGGGGAUAUUCUAUGCGUUGCUUUUGGGUUGGCCACUAGGUGGCGCUACUAUCAUAAAAAGUGCGUUUAGGCUAAUUACUUCGGCAUAAUUUAUCGCACAUACAAAAACCUUAUGUCCAUGCGUUCGGUGAAUGGAGCUGAAUCUCCUCAUAUAGGCCAUGCCCACUUCUGCCCAGAAUUUUUUUUUUGCUAGAGUGCGAAAUGUCCAUAAACUACUUUUUCGUGUUCCUCCUAUGCCCUUUGUCCGAUUCGUACAACAUUUUUCACGUAGCAUCUGGGGACCAUCCUAAUAAAAAAUUAAUUUUGAUAUUUCAAUAAAUAAGCACGAUAUAAAAUUAGCACUUUGUGUAGAUUUUUCGUCAAAAAAGGAAGUGGACCAUUUCUCCACAUUGGUAUGUCCGAUUGACACCAAGCUUGGGUCGAUAGUUCCCCAUGUCUUCCUUAGGCAUCUUGCACAAUUUCAGGUCAUCACCGCUAGGUGGCGCUCUUUAAAAUGAAGAAGUUUAUAUCUCUGCAACGGCACGUGUGAUUAAAAUGAAAAUUGGUACGUUGGCCAUUUUGAAUUCUGUGGUCAUACAAACUGUAGAUGAAAAGUUGAGCUAUUUGUGACGUGCGUGCCAGUGAUGACUUGUCGAAUUCAGUUGAUUCGCCAUAAAAAAGUCUCAUAAGUUCAGUGUGCAAUGUCCAAUCUCCAAUAAACUUCAUAUAUUCUGUAACAUUCCGCCCUGAACACGUCCUCAUAACUUCAACGUAUGUGGUCCAAUCUCAAUGAAACUUGACGUGUUUGAUAAGAGUCCCGCCGUUAACACGUCUACAUGACAAUAUUAAGACAUAGUAAUAGCGGCACCUACUGGCAACAGGAAGUAAGCCCUGAGUGGCGAUUUUGAGCUGAUUUACGUGAAAUUUUCAUGUUGCGGUCCACACGUGUAACGACAGCAUGGGACGCAUACACAGCACACCCCAAGUUGCAUGGAGUGCAAGGUCCCGCCCAACGCUGCUUGCAGCUUUAAUUUGGUUUGUUUUUCAGAGUAAUUAUUUUUUUGUCUGUUUUUCGGAGUAAUUAUUUCUGUUUAUCGGAGUAAUUUAUUUUUAUGGUUGGUUUUUCAGAGUAAUUUUUUUCAGAUUUUUUGAAUAAUUAUUUUUUAUGUUUUUUGGACUAAUUUUCAUGGGAGUCACUUGCAGGUUGGAGGUUCUCGCAGGAGUUCGAAGUAUCUCGAUAAUUCAGAAAAGAAAUUACUCUGAAAAACAGGGGGAAAAAAUUACCACCAAAAACAGAAAAAAUUACUCAGAAAAACAGGAAAAUAAUUACUCUGAACAACAGGGGGAAAAAAUUACCACGAAAAACAGAAAAAAUUACUCCGAAAAACAGGAAAAUAAUUACUCAGAAAAACUGAAAAAAUUAUUCAAAAAAACAAACAAAAAAAAUUACUCAGAAAAACCGGAGUUUUUUUUUUUUCAAGUGAAUGCAAUUCGCUUCCGUAAAUUAUGACCAUUGACAAAAGUGUGAUUUUUCAUGGGAUCCAAAAAUGUAAAGGUUGUACUCUUAGAUACUCAAAAGUAUGUCCAUACCAAAUUUCAAGACUAUAGACCAACCAGAACACGUUUUAAGGUAUUUUCCCUUAUCCCUCUAAACAAAGUCUGAAAUGGGACCAAUUCAGCUCAUUUCCAGUUCUAUAAUCUCAGUCUGAGACAAAGCAUCCUUGUUUAUCUCAUGGUCAAAAUCCACCAGGUACGGCCAUGACGCGUUCUAGAACUGAUGACACCCGUUGUAGACAACGCUAGUGAUUCCACCAGAAGUGUCUCUCCGCUCUGUUCCGUGGACAAUACGUGGCUGCUCUAUUUUUGAGGGAAACAGCAACCAACUCACGUCAAGCAGAUCAUACUGACAGGAAGUCAGACUCAGGACAAAAUUCACAAAUCAAGUCGGGCAGGAAGGCGCUCUGAAGUUAGCUAAUAGCUUCAUGUUAAUGUCCAUCAGUGAACUCUGUGAAUCCCUGAGAGUUGAGGCAGAGAAGGUGCAGACAUCAGAGGAAAAAGCAGAAAAUGUGUAACUUUCUAACCAAACUCCAUUCAGAAAGUAUUUUAAAAGUUGUUCAACAUCAAUUCAAUUCAAUUCAAUUCAAUUUUAUUUGUAUAGCGCCAAUUCAUAACAGAAGUUAUCUCAGGACAAUUUUCAAAUAGAGCAGGUCUAGACCGAACUCUUUAAAACAUUGCAUCACAACAUCACAAUGUACUUAUUUCAGCAUCCUUUUGAACCGUUUAUUGACAUCAAAUCACAAAAACACCUUAUUUUGGGCUUGAGAUGAAAAGUUGCCAUUAGACAGACUGAGGGUGUCCCUGUAUUUGGUGAGCAUGUUCAGUCGUGCUCUGCCUGCAGCAGAUAACCAGAUAAAGAAAUCUGUGACCAGCUGACGUUGGAUAAUACUUUUACAUAAGUUUACCUUGAGAUUUAACAUCAACAUUCACAUUGCGCAUUGUAUACAUGAAAUAUAUGAUUUAUAUUAUAUAUAUGACUGAAUGGAUCACCUUAAACAUUUCUCCCACAUUAUUAACUGAUUUACUAUUAAUAUUUGAAAAUCUGUUAUCUGUCUGUCUGCUGAUUUUUGACGCUCUGCCCUGACAAAUUCUAACAUUUUAAUGAGUGAACCUUUUAAACAGAUGUUUGAUGAUUGUAUGUUAAUGAUGAACUCUCAGCUGUUUGAUGAAUCUGACUCAUACAAACAAACCUGACAGAAAAAAGUCUUCAGGAGAUGAAGAGACAGUUUUGCACUCAGUAAGUUUUUUGUACUUUGAGUUCCUGACAAACCAUCAAUAAGAGACACUGGUUCCAACCUGUAGAUUUCACAUUGAUCAGUAUCAAUAACAGCAGAGAACAGCUGAUCAACUAAUCAAUGAACCCAAACAGUGAACUCAAUAACUGCAGGAUGUUAUUUUAUUAUUUCCUGUGAAUAUUGAUCAGAGAUGAGUUUUCCUGAUAUAUUGAUCCAUUCUCUGUCUGUAUUCUGUAUUGUUAUCAUUUUAACAAUCAGACUUAAUAUUCUUCUUUCUGACAGAUUCAAUUCAAUUCAAUUCAAUUCAGUUUUAUUUGUAUAGCGUCAAUUCAUAACAGAAGUUAUCUCAGGACACUUUUCAAAUAGAGCAGGUCUAGACCGAACUCUUUAUAACAUUAAUUUACAGAGACCCAACAGUACCACCAUGAGCAAGACCUUGGAGACAAGGGCAAGGAAAAACUGCCUGUUAAAAGGCAGAAACCUAGGACAGAUCCUCCGGCUCUAGGUGGGUGGGAGAGAGAGAGAGAGAGAGAGAGAGAGAGACAGACAGGUGCACAGCAACAACAGUUGCAAUUCACUGUUUAUUCUCAUUGUUCUAUCAGCUGUUUAGUUGUUUGAACUCUAAUGCUCCCCUUUAAGAAAAGUUAAGAAAGUCUCACGAUCCCCUGUGAUCCCUCUAGUGGAGGUCCGACCUCCAGGGUGGGAACCAGUGUAUCAGAGAACGUGUGUCUGAACCUCUGAUGUGUCUUUAACUGUCGAUUGAGGAGUUUGUUGACAUUCUCUGUGACGUUCAGGUAGCGUUUUAAAAUCAUUAAAAUCAGUUCUUCUGUUCA